AUGACAAGAGAUAAUAGUUCUAUAGUAUUUUUAAUUGUUGUUGUCUGUUUGGCAAUAGUCAAAGCACAGAGUAGUAGCAAUGACUACCAAGUAUAUGUUGACCAAAAUUCAAUGUGCACAGCCGACUGUGGUACUGAAAUGUCACCCUUUUCCAACUUUGUUGAUGCCAUACAAUUCAUUUCUUUGAUGCGUAGCAACAAGUCGUCGGCUGCUGUCAACGUGGACUGGCUCUUUCAAAACACCCAAAACCACCAAACGAUUGGUACCAUCAUUGCAAAGGAGGGUAUUUAUCGUGGAUCUAAAAACAAAGGUUUAGAUAUCAACUUUCCAUUACAUAUUGUUUCACAAUCACCGACCAAACAAACUACACAUGGUUUGGUUACAUUUAAUGAUGCACAAGUAAUCAUUGAUUGUGAGGGUGUAGGUAAUGCAAUCACAGUCAAGAAUGUUACUCUGUUCAAGUUAUCGAAUAUUGGUAUUCAUCGUUGUGUCGGUUCUUCAGGUGGUGCUCUAUCGGUUGUAAACUCAUCGGUCGUCGUAGGUGCUGUUACAUUUGUCGGUAAUCAAGCUCUCAACGGAGGUGCUGUCUCAUUGUCCAAUUCAAACAUUGACUUCACUCGUUGUCUCUUUAUGGACAAUAAAGCUGUCACUCAAGGAUACGAUAUCUAUGCUUCAUCGUCUGUCGUCGGUCUGUCAAUGACUAAUCAAAAACCAUGUGACAUGUAUUCUACCGGAGGAUCAGUGUCGGUUAAACUCGAUUCAUCGUAUCUUUCAAUCGACAGUUUGACAGGCAUAGAGGGUCUCAAAAUAGUAGGUGAUCUAUCUACUAUAUCAGUACCCACUGGUAUCGUCACUGUUCUCGAUCGUACAUGUCCAACUCCACCAACAGUAUCAUGGGCAUAUGUAUUCAAAACAUUUAGUACUUAUUCUGAGAGUUGUAACAACAACAAUGUAUGUGAUAAUGGAGAGUCAUGCUUUUCAUGUCCAUCUGAUUGUUCUUGUGUUGCUCAUGGAUGGAAGCUUGAAAUAUUCAAGACCAUUCCUGCACUUCCCAUCACCUUUGCUGCUGACAUUAUUCAAUUGUCGUCGUCAAGUAUUGCCAACCUUGCCCACCCCUAUGCUAUUCUCAAUUCGUACUUGAAAGUUAAUAAGCAUGCUACUUAUGAAUUUAAAUUCAUCGGUAGUAAUUGCGGCCUAGUCUUUUCAGUUGAUGGAAUUGAUUUUGUCUAUACUGCAGCCUCCCUCUCCAACGUUGAUACAACCAGAUCAGUUAGACUGACAGCCACCAAUGUACACCAUCUUCGUAUCGCCAUCACCAAAGGAGUAGCACCCAACACUGGUGCCAAACUCAAGAUCUAUUGGAGAAGAAAAGCUGAUGGUGAACAAUUCAUAUUACUUGAUCCAUUUUAUUCUAAAAAUAUUUGUAAUGAUGGUAUUUUGGAUGAUAGAGAAAAAAUACCAGCCUAUAAAUGUGUUGCUGAUCAAGAAAAGGCAUUGGAUCUAUCAAAAGAUACUUGUGGAGAUGGAAUUUGUAGUGAGAUUCCAGAGGAUUGUCUUGUUGAUUGCUACCAUGUUUUAGCUCCAAUGUGCCCAGAACAAGCCACACCUUAUCGUCUCGAUCCAAUCUAUUCCAAGAUGGAUUUCGUUGGAACAGCUCUCAACAACCAAUACAUGUAUUCGUUGCCAGGUAUCCAACUCUUGUCCCACGGUGUUGACAUUAUGACUGAUGAAAAUAGGAAUGCACCUUUAUUCCAUUUUGGAUAUUGUGACAACUCAUCCUACACCACUGUGCAUGACCUGUACCGUGGUCUAGUAUACACAGUUCCCAAAGGAAUACUUGCUAUUCCAACACCCAAAUGCUCGUAUUCAGCCUCGACCACAAGUUAUUCGUCAUCUUCUAAAAUGUCACAAGAAAUGUCUAAAGAUACCAGUAUGGAUGCUUCUGCCAACCUUGGUGGCUCAUAUUGGGGAGUGUCAGUCCAAGCUAGUGUUGCAUUCUCUCAGUCCUCCUCUGUCAAAUCUGCAAAUGAUCUAGAGAAGAAGGUGUCUGGACAAAUCAUGGUAGACCAAGUUCUAUGUGAGACGACUCGAGUUCACAUCUCUGCUGACACUCUGACCUUCCAUCCCAAUUUCGUUAGAGAUGUUUCACAAGCCGACACAAUCCCCAAAAUGGAACUAGCAGUCGCCAAGUACGGAUCAAUGUACAUAAAGAGUGCUGUGAUGGGUGGCUCAUUGACUCACGUCACAGUCGUAUCCCACACCACCCUUGAUAGCAAAACCUCUUCUGAAAUGGAAAAGCAUACUCAACUUUCAUUGUCUGCCAAGGUUUCCUCGCCAGCACUCAAGGUCAAUGCCAACUACAAGACAGGUACCGACAACUCAAUCACAAGUGAACAACAAAACAAGUUUGAAGAUGACAGCGCAUCAACGACGAUUAUCACUAAAGGUGGUCCCCCAGGUUCUUUUGGUCCCGACACUAAAGGUUCCCACAACAACUUUGGUGAAUGGGCAAAAGCAGUCGAUCUCUUGCCUGUACCCAUCAAGAAAAAGUAUGGAUUCAUUUCUGAUUUGAUCCCCACCAACUGGCUCGUCAAAGGUUCUACCGAAACCAUCCAAUCAUUGUGGACCAAAGCUGAAAUUGCUCACCUUUACAAACGUUAUGCAAGUAGAGUUGAUUUUGACCAAAUUGAAUCAUUAAAAUCAGAUGAAUCGAUUUAUUAUUUGAAUGCUCCAAAAUCUGCUGGCACAUCGUAUCUACUUACGUUUACCAUUAAAACGAUUAGUGGACUAACCAAAAUAUCAUCCAAGACAUUGGAUUCAGGAGCACUAUUUGUUUUACCACUUGGUGAGGUACAAUCAGUCUCUGGAUAUCCAACCAGCAAAAUAUCUUUUGAUGUCUAUGAUGUGGUUAACUCUCGUAUCUACCACACAGUGUUUGCAAAUAGUGUAUGGGGCCAGUUAUCAGAGUACAGCUUCAGCCUUCGUAUUCAAAACACUAAAAAUGUUUGUCCUACUUGCACCGUCUAUCCAAUCAUUCGAAUCACCUUGCAAGGUACACUCGACAUCCACACUGUCUAUUUCAACCCGACCACAGAUCCAGGCAUCAAGCAUUUUAUGGAUGGUCCGUAUAUCGGAGACAUCGAGUUUGUGUCAUUUGAACCAAUGACAACAUUUGGAAAUGAGGACGUUACCUUUUCCUACACAAUCGAUGUAUUCAACAUUGUCCAAUACUGUCCCAACGCACCUGGAGUUCGAUACGGUGCUGGAAUGUGUACCAUCCCCGCUAACAUGCCCAUCGAGAAAAAGUACUCGACCAUCUAUGGUACUACACAAAGACAAUUCGUCUUGCCAAAUGAGCAAGUUACAACCGUCACCAUGACCAAAAAUGAUAUCAUUCCACUUUCAAAUGCAAUUUAA